UUCUAUGGUAAUUCAGUUUCCUAACGUGUGCCACUCUGUGAUAAGGAGCUAUGGAGUCACUCUUUUCAUUGCUUUGGCACUACUAGCAUACUCUGCUGUCAUUGUUAUGAUUGUCAAUGAUAAGUUGCCAACAUUCGUUAUUCCUAACGAGUCGAUGAGUACCCUGUCCUUACUCUGUUGGAAUGUUUGCGAUACAGAGGACGAACAAUUUGACAGGAUUUACCGUCUCUGCAUAGACCUCGGUUUCGAAAUGAAUACCGACUUAUGUUCUGCAACGACAUACACAACCGCAGAGAGAACUACGAGAAGACGAAAAAAAUUUGCGACAAAACAUCAUUGAUAUAUCUUGCU